CAGGGAGCCUGUCUAGGGCUGGAGGAAAGACCAGAGCAGGGGUCCUCAAAGGGGCUGAACUGGUGGCGAGAGCCGGAGGACGCACCCGGCAUCUGCUCCCUGGUACUUCUGUCUCUGUUUCAGUCAUUUCCACACCACACAGCACCUGCUAACUGCUACGGGAAGACUCGUCCAAAGCGGAGCACAGACUUGGAGACCCAGCCCUGCUCCUGAGGAGCUCCCAGCAACCCCAGCUGACGUGCAGCUGGUUUUGGGGGGACAAUAAUGGACAAAGGGCAUUCGCUCGGUGUUGAGCAGGCGAUGAGAGGCCAAAGGGAGUUCUUGGGGAGCCUAACAGGCAACAAAGCCGUCAGGCUGGCACCCGGGCUGGGGCAGCGAGGGCAGAGCUCCCUAGGUCACAGCACCACGAUACAAGGAGACUCUCCAGUGGGGCCAGGCGAAGGGGCACCAGGGGCCGCCCCGGACCCAGCUGCCCUGUCCCUCCCACAGCACGGCUCGCGCCCGCGUGCUUCUGCCUGUGUUUGUGUGCCAGUCUGGACUCUGUCGCCACUGACCAAAACCCACUUCAGACCAACUUCAGCAAAAAGGAGAAGUGACCGUUUCACAAAAUGGAAAAGCUGAACAGUCAGGGGCUUGUCUCAGGCAAGGCGGCCCCAGGGCUCCAGGACGUGAUCUCGGCGCGCAGAGCCUUCCGCGUGUCGCCGCCGCUCACCACCGGCCCGCCGGAGUUCGAGCGCAUCUACCGAGCCCAAGUGAACUGCAGCGAGUACUUCCCGCUGUUCCUCGCCACGCUCUGGGUGGCCGGCAUCUUCUUCCACGAAGGCGCCGCGGCACUGUGCGGUCUGGUCUACCUGUUCGCGCGCCUCCGCUACUUCCAGGGCUACGCGCGCUCUGCGCAGCAGAGGCUGGCCCCGCUGUACGCGAGCGCGCGCGCGCUCUGGCUUCUCGUGGCCCUGGCGGCCCUCGGCCUGCUCGCCCACUUCCUCCCGGCCGUGCUGCGCGCCACGCUCCUUGGACAGCUCCGGAAACUGCUGCUGAGGGCCUGAGACAGAGGACGCCUGGACGACGGAGCUGCAGUUGAACCGGAGCCUCCUCCAGUUUCUCAUUAAAGCGUCCAUGACAGGA